CAACAGAAGGGGUCAGACGGGCUCUCCCAUGCUUUGGAAUCCAGCUGGGAUUUGGAUUUGCAGCUGGCUGUGGGUCAGGGGUGUGGAGUGGGGAGGUGAGACCAUGUGGUGGCUGUCCCCAACUCUGCUUCUUCUCAGUUUCCCAGGCUGUGUCUCCAUCGAAGGCCCGGCGUUCGUGAGAGGCCCGGAGAAUGGAUCGGUGACCAUCCGAUGUCGCUAUAGCUCAAGAUGGCAAGCCCACAACAAGUGGUGGUGCCGAGGGGCAGACUGGAGCACCUGCAGGGUCCUCAUUCGAACCAGGGGGUCAGAGAAAGAGAAGAAGAGCGGCCGCUUGUCCAUCAGGGACCACUGGAGGGACAACUCACUCCUGGUUACCAUGGAGAUGCUCAGGCAAAACGACACAGACACUUACUGGUGUGGUAUUGAAAAGUUUGGAACUGACCGGGGGACCAGAGUUAAAGUGACCGUUUACUCAGUAGGAAAGGAUACCAUGUCUUCUAAGCUUUCAACUAUGUCCACUGUGGACAGCGGUGCAUAUGUGAUGUCUUCUGACUUGCACAAGAGGACCCACUACAUACUCCUGAUAUUUGUGAAGGUUCCUGUCUUGCUCAUCUUGGCUGGUGUUGUCCUCUGGCUGAAGGGGUCAACUCGGAAGAUCUCUGAGGAACAGUGGAUAGAUACCCUCUGUAGCAAUUUGGACUCCGAACUUCUGGUGAAGAACGUUGCCCCUUAGAUUGAGAUGGUUAGCAGAGCCUUUCUAUUCUGGACUCUCAUUCCACAGACCACACCAUGGAAGAAACAUCUUUAAGUCCUCAGUUGGUAGUGACUGAGGUUGGGUGCCCAGAGGGCUUGACCAGGCAUGAUCUCCAAUCUGCACACCAUGGGGCUACCGCUCAGGACCCCCCACCGAGCUGUUAUCACACCUGAAGUACUAGUAUCUUACUCCUCCUAUACAUCAUCACCUGCCCUCUCCCAUCUACCCACCAUGGUCAGCCUGGGGUGAGAGCCGCAGCUGAAAAAGCUCGUUCAGAGCCUCAAACAAAAGCACAGGGAAGCAGAAGGGCAUUCUAGAUAUCUAUGCUGUGACUCUGACAUAGAGAGCUCAGGGAAGGUGGGGCAGACAGACGUCCAUCCUCUGUCUGUCCUGGACACUGAGCCCACCCCUAGCGUGCACUUCUGAGGAAAGGUGAGGAGUAAAGCCUGGCUGACAGGCCCAGGGUCUGGAGUGUGGAGAACUCAGUCAUCCAUGACUUGGCUGUGGGAACUGGGACUGCAUUUCCCAGCAGGUGUGUUUUGCUCCAGGGCCAGGAGCAGAAGGCUGCAUACCCUUUUAUAGAGCUCUGGCCCACACAGACUCAUGGCAUGCUGGUUUCAACCAAAGGUUAGCCCGGAAUGUAGCGGAGAGAGCCAUGUGUCUCUUGACCUGAGUCCUCCCUAUGGCCUGCACUGCGUCAUCUGCUCUGCAGAGGAAAUCUGUUUUUUGGUAGCUCCUCAGAGAAACUGCCAAAAGCACUAGCUAGGAAGGUAGAGACAGUGAGAAUUGUCCUUUAUCAUAAGCUUCUUCUGCUUUUAACUGUGGUUGGAAGAAAAAGGAGCAUAACGUGAUUUUUCAUGAAGUUCUCAGCACACAGCACAGAGCAGGUAUGCACAUUGCAAAGGCAGCAGAUCUCUAGAACACUCGCAUCUGGCAAGACUCAGACUCCAAACUCACUGGGCAAAACGUCUACCCCAUCAGACCCUGGCUACCACAGCCUCUCACCAUGAGUUUUGCUAAUGAACCCGAGUGCAACCAUGAGGCAUUUGUUAUUCUGGGGUUGCUUUAUUUUAGCAUCAGGUCCUCGAGGAUCCUCCAUCUUCUAGUAGAUGACAGAAUUCCAUUAUGUUAAAUGCUAAGUAAUAUUCCACUAUGUGGAUAUGCGACUCGUUUACUAAUAGGUUCCUUGGCUGUUAUUACUUGGCCUCUGUGGACAAUGAGACUGGGUGUGUUGGUAUCAUGUUGAGAUGCUGUCUUCAAUUCUCUUGGAUAUGGUCAUGUGAGUUAAUCUUGAUUGCUGAUUUGGCUGAGUUUAAAGUCACCUGUGAGACACGCCUCUAAGCUUUUCUAUGAAGGUGCUUCCAAGGAGGUUUAACUGAGAAGGGAUAGAUCCACCCUGAUGCAGGCACUCACCAUCCCAUAGCCCAGGGUCUCAGACCGAAUUAAACACUGAGAAAAGGGAGAAAUCAAACCGAGCACCAGUUGGUUCUUCUCUCUCUCUCCUUCCUGAGGAUGAAGUGUGGCUAUGCAGCCCAUGAUCUGGCCACUACAGCUACAUCUAUCUACUCCUGCUGCCAGGGCCUCCCCAGCAUGAUGGACUGUAACCUUCAAACUGUGAGCUAAAGUAAAGCCUCCCUCCCCCCCCCGCAAGUUAUUUUCAUGUAUUUUGUCACAGCAUUGAGACCAGUAACUAGCAUGUAUACCCAAGAGUACUACUGCUGGGUCACAUGGCAAUGUUCAUUGUCAUUUUUUUAAUGAUCUCUAUAUCAUUUUUAAUAAUUUUAUGUUCCCACCAAUAGGAUGUAAACAACCCAAUUUCUCCACAUCCCUCUAUAUCCAUUGUUUUUUGUCUACUUAUUUCUACUUUCCUGAUAAUUGGAGAUGUUGGGAAUCUUGCCAAAAUCUUACUAUUCAAGUCCUUUGCCAAAAAAAAAAAAGUUCUUUUUUAAACACUGUAA